CGAACUAGGGACUAGAAUCACCUUGACCAGGUCUGCCGCGUGGCUUUAAGUCGGACGUGUCCGUCGAAUAGGUCCGUAAUCCUUUUGGCUCAAGCUCCGUGCAGCCCAUCUGCCGGCCACGCACCGCGUCACUCGCCCGGGCGCGUGGCCUGGCGGCAGGAGCUCCAGGGGCUUUGCCCCGAGCGAGCAGUCCGAUGAGCGGCGGCUGCAACGUCAAUGAACAGGGCCUCAGCCAGGCCGAUGGAGCGAGGCUGGUCGUCAAGAACUCUUUCUUGGAGUUGACGGACGUCAGAUCUGGACUCAGCCGCAGCAGAAACGCUGGUCAGAUUGGGUGCAGCACGACUGGGGGAUGCCCUGCGCGUGUGGAUGCGGUCCAGGACGCGCACCGGGACGCAGGGCAGAGCUCAGCGAGCGUGCAAGGCGGUCCGGGUAGGACAGUCUCCGAGGACUCGGGCGCCACGGGUAGCCACUGCUCCUGGGCGGAGCUCAGCGACUGCAGCGGGUACAAUAUUGGCGGGUGCUCUGGGAUCGGCGACAACAGCGACGACGAGCGAGGCGGAAUCCCCAGCUCGGCGUCUGGCGACCUCCACGAUGCGGGCCGUGGCCCUGGGCGUGCGGAGGAGCGCGAGGCCGCCCCUCACUCGGAGGCACGGUGGCGGCCGAGCGGCAAGGAGAGGCAGCACGCCGCCGGCACCUGCAAGCCGUGCCUCUACUUCGGGAGCAAGAGGGGCUGUUCGAACGGCGUCCGGUGCGGCUUCUGCCACCUGCCGCACGAGAAGAAACACAGGCCACGGCCCAGCAAGGCCGUGAGGGAGCAGUGCAGGCAGCGGCUCGAGAUGCUGGAUCUGGCCGACGAUGGCGGGUUCAACGCGGAGGGCCUCACCCAACGCCGCGAGGCCCAGCAGUACAUGCACACCAUCAUCCGGGCGCGGGCGCGGCAGCGGAGCUCGGGGCAGGCGGAGCCCGAGAGCCGCCCGCAGGCCGCCUGAGGGGGCGCGAGGAGAGGCCCAGCAUCGCGCCCGCCCGCCGCCGCGGCUGGGAGCGCGCGGCCUCGGGGGGGUGGGGCGGGGAGCGGGGGGCCGAGCGGCAGGAUUUGUUUUUGCCUGGGCCUCGUCUCGACGAGGGUGCCUGCCCUUGACAGAGGGCUCUGUACUUCCAUCUCGUCUGGGGCUGCCGCUUGUACUUCUGCUCCUGACCCCCUCCUGGAACCCGUCCGUGCCCCGCCGGCAGGCAGGACGCUGGCGCAACCAACCACGUGCCACUGUCGGAGGGCCCCUCCCCCCGCCCACGGGCUGCGUGCCCCCUUGCCGUUCGGAUGCUCCAAGCCCGUGCGCUCCUUACGCCUCGGCGGUGGCCUUGCAUCUUAUCCAUCGUACGCCUGACCCGGCUCAAGGGCUUCUCUCGUGGGUUGAUUGUACUUUUCCUUGAGGGGAGCACGAGGCCCGUGUGCGGAACAGGCCUUGCAGCGAACGCAUGCGAACAGCGGGCUCCCGUCCAAGCACUGUAUUGAGAAGAGACGUCGGCCGAGGGCGCCAAUCUCACUCAGCUCGGGCGGGGCGGAGCCAGAACAGCUCUCUGCUGAGGGUCGGUCGGGAG